AUGGCAGCCCUGUAUGGAGUGUUUGGAAGAUGCCAGAGGAUUCCGGUGAUAGACAUACACCAAUAUGAAGUUUCGCCGGCCGUUCUGCAGCAUCUGAGGGCCACCUUGCAGAAGCUGUCCCGCACAGGUUUCACAUGGCAGGAUGAUUAUACCCAGUGUGUGAUGGCCCAGGAACUCUCAAAUCUCCCCAAAACUUACCUGCGACGUUCUGAAGCUUCCUCAAGAGAGUGUUCCAACCUUGCCAGGGUCUCAAAACAGAGCAUUGAUAAUGAAAGGAGGUACAGCCUGGAAAACGAUGUUACCUUGGCCAAGACACUGCAGCAAUACCUUCCGUUCCUGGGGGUCCUGUCCCAGGCCAAAGCUUCAAACAUUCGUGGCUGGAGCGCAAGGCCUGCUUUCGCCUGCCCAGAGCCUCUAGGUGGGGCCGUCCUGGGCAGCGACACCCCAGGCGACCGGGCCAGUGAGCCCAGGCAGUGGCAACCCGGGACUGGGCUCGGAGCACCGCGGGAGACGGAGCGCGGGCCGCGCCACAGCCAGAGCGGGCCAAGCCCCGCCGCCGCUCCUUCCGCUGGCCCCGCCACCGGCCAUGCAUUCUUCCGGCUCCUCCGGCUCCCGCAGCGCCGGCUGGGGCCUGGUCAGCCCGAGGCAGCCCCGAGGGGAGGAGGGCACCCGCUUGCACCGCCGCCUGCCGAGAAGGACAGGACAGACUCCAGUAGUGAUGAUGCCUUCCCUGAGAGCGUCCUGACCUACGUGGCUGGAAUCUCCAAAGGCAGUAGUUCCGCCCUGACCUACCCUCCCAUGUCUCGCGCCAAUCACCCCGAGGAUCUGGCGCGGCGGACCCUCGGCCCGCUCCAGCCGAACGAGCUUAGUGCUAAGGUGGACAGCGGCGUGGACAGACAGAACCUGAUCGCCGCUCUCAGCACCUACGCGGCCCAGAGGCCUGCGGCGCCAGUCCUGGGCAGGGACUCCACGCUCCCCGCCGGCCGCUCUGACCAGCUGCCCCCUGGGAAGGACGACCUAGGGGUGCUGUACCUGCCGCAGGCGCGUUUGAGAGCGCUGAGGCCGGUCUCGGCGUCCACAGCCCUGCAAACGUGGCCUUCCGCUCUGGGAGAUCCCAAAGAGCCCCUCAGCGCAGGAGAUGAAGCAUUUAUUCAGAAUCUCCUGAAGGACCUGAGAAAGCACCAGGUCAGAGUGGACGACCUGAGUCUCCUGGAGCUCGAUGAGAUGGCCAGUGUGACUGCUGAUGCCAUGCAAGGUGGAGAUACACAAGAGGAUCAGGAAAGUACCGGACAAGAGGUCGAAGGAAAACCAAGAGAACAGGCAGACAGCUCAGAAGCAGCACUUUAUGAAAAUGACAAGAAGGCUGAGGAUAGUUUACAAGAUACCAGAGUACAAGAAGAUGAUGAUAAAAUUUAUGAAGAGGUCAAACGCUUAAAUGUCAAACUUGGGGACCUCUUGAAGGAGCACAAGCCCCAACACUUGCCUGAAGCUCUUCCUCUUUACAAGUCCUUUAAAACGGAUAUCAAGAAAUCAGAGGACCCUGAGUCUUCAGAAGAGAACAUUGGGGUUGAAAAUGUCAAGAGUCAGACUUACUCCAAAGAGCUAUUUGAUAAGAAACCAAAUUCUGAGCCCAGAGUGGAUGGGCUUGGGGAUGAUCAAAACUGGAUUCCAGGGGCUUUGAAGCAAGAUGAAAGCCUUCAAGCAGGAUCUCAACAGCACCCAGGCACAGGCCUGCAAUUAGAAGUCAAAUCUUCUGAUGACGAGGAAUACGGCUACAUUGUGACAGAAAAAGACCCUCUGAGCCUGGAAAAGGGAAAGAAGUUGAUAGAGGACAUAGCACAUCUCCUGAAGGUGCCGAUCAGCAACUUUGCAGAUAUCAGUGUUCUGGGACCAGCAGUAACCUUCAGAGUGAGCUCCAAUAUCCAAAAUGUGACAGCUGCAGGUGUUGCUAAGGCAGCAGUUGACAACAAGGACAAACUUGAAGAAACUUCUGGACUGAAAAUUCUUCAAACUGGAAUUGGGUUGAAAAGCAAGCUCAAGCUUCUGCCUCGUCAGGUGGAGCAAGAAGACUCCACCAAGUUCGUGGUCCUCACCCUGGUCUCCAUUGCGUGCAUCAUUGGUGUCCUCCUGGCUUCAGGGGCCAUCUACUGCCUGCGCCAUAGCUCUCACUACAAGCUGAAGGAGACCCUUUCUGGACUAGGCGGGGACCCAGGCUCAGAUGCCACCGCUGCUUACCAGGAGCUGUGCCGGCAACGCAUGGCCGGCAGGUCCGUGGAGCGCCCGGAGCCCCUGCACACUUCCCGCAUCAACAGCGUCUCCUCCCAGUUCAGCGAUGGGCCUAUGCCCAGCCCCUCGGCUAGGAGCAGCACCUCAUCCUGGUCAGAGGAGCCGGUCCAGUCCAACAUGGACAUCUCCACUGGUCACAUGAUCCUGUCCUACAUGGAAGACCACCUGAAGAACAAGAAUCGCCUGGAGAAAGAAUGGGAGGCGCUUUGUGCCUACCAGGCAGAACCCAACAGCUCCAUGGUGGCACAGAGGGAGGACAACAUGCAGAAGAACCGCAGCUCGGCCGUGCUAACGUAUGAUCACUCCAGGAUACUGCUGAAAUUGGAAAACAGCCACAGCAACUCUGAUUACAUCAACGCCAGCCCCAUCAUGGAUCAUGACCCUAGGAGUCCUGCAUAUAUUGCAACCCAAGGACCACUUCCUGCUACCGUGGCUGACUUCUGGCAGAUGGUCUGGGAGAGCGGCUGCGUGGUUAUUGUCAUGCUGACGCCCCUCACUGAGAAUGGAGUCAAGCAGUGCUACCAUUACUGGCCAGAUGAAGGCUCCAACCUUUACCACAUCUACGAGGUAAAUCUGGUCUCGGAGCAUAUAUGGUGCGAGGAUUUCCUCGUAAGAAGCUUUUAUCUGAAGAAUCUCCAAACCAGUGAGACCCGAACGGUGACGCAGUUCCAUUUUCUUAGCUGGUAUGACCAGGGCGUUCCUUCUUCCGCGAGGUCACUUCUGGAUUUCCGCAGAAAAGUAAACAAGUGCUACAGGGGCCGUUCUUGUCCAAUAAUUGUUCAUUGCAGUGACGGCGCAGGAAGAAGCGGCACCUACGUGCUGGUUGACAUGGUUCUCAAUAAGAUGGCCAAAGGUGCUAAAGAGAUUGAUAUUGCUGCGACCCUGGAGCACUUGAGGGACCAGAGACCAGGCAUGGUCCAGACAAAGGAGCAGUUUGAGUUUGCGUUGACCGCGGUAGCCGAGGAGGUGAAUGCGAUUCUCAAAGCCCUUCCACAAUAA